GAGAAAAGAAAAGGCGCUUUUUGCACCAGUGGUCUACUCUGCACAACUAAUCCAGAAUUUUGUAUGAGAAACCUGAGAGCUCAGGUUCAGGACCCUUGAGUAAAAUGGCUGUCCUGGUCUUCAUCUUUUUGUUGGCCUUUGUCCAAGCUGAAUCUGCAAGCCUUUUAACUUCAAGUCCCAUUUUUGGACCACGGCAGGUGACUGGGUUGCUUGGAGGCUCAGUUACUGUGAAAUGCUUUUACCCUCCCACUAGCGUGAAUAGACACAGCAGGAAGUACUGGUGCAAGGAAUCAACACGGCAAUGUUCAACCAUCAUUUCUAGCAAUGGCUAUGUUGCCAGAGAGUUCAGAGGCAGAGCCUUGAUAACAGACUUUCCAGAGAAUGGCAUAUUCACUAUAUUAAUAUCAGAGCUUAGAAGAGGAGACAUGGGGAUGUACAAAUGUGGUGUUUCACUAAAUGACAAUGGACUGUCUUUCAGAGUGAAGCUGGAUGUUUCCGAAGAUUCAACAAUUCCUGAUGAAGCUCAACUCAUUUAUGUUGAGCAGCAUGGAUCAGUGACUAUGAACUGUGACUUGGGUGCACAAUAUGCAAGUGCUCGGAAGUACCUGUGCAAGAUGUCAAAGAAUGAUUGCUACACUGUUAUUGACUCGUAUGGAAAAAUUGACCCAGCCUAUGAAGGAAGAGUUAUGCUGACCUUUCUCGGGACUCCUGGAUCAUUCAGUAUCUUUAUGACCCAGUUAAAGAAGAAAGAUUCAGGGUCAUAUCUCUGUGGAGCUGGGAUCUAUGGGGCAGGGGGAGAAUCCAAGGAACUGGAUCUACAUGUCUAUGAAGGGGCUUUGGUGCCCAAAGGACAACCUGUAGCAAGAGGAGUCCAAGGUGGAUCAGUGUCUGUUGAAUGCCAUUAUGAUCCAAAAGGGAAUUAUACACGCAAACAGUGGUGCAAGUUAGAAAAAAACAGAUGCACUCCAUUAAUAAAUGACUUUGGGUAUGUGAUGGAUUCCUAUGAGGGAAGAAUAGUGAUGCAUGAUAACCCAGAAAAUGGAACAUUCACCAUCCUGUUGAACCAACUGAAUGAGAAAGAUGCAGGGUUCUACUGGUGUGUAGUAGAUGGAAAAGAGGAAAGAAGGUCAGCAACAGAGCUGAAGAUUGUAGAAGGGAAACCCAGUUUAGUAAUAGAUAAUGAUAUCAAUGCUGUUAUUGGUGCCCCACUGAAACUAUCAUGCUCUUACACAUGUGAAUAUGCUGAUUAUGAGAAGUAUUGGUGCAAGUGGAAGAAUACUGGAUGUGAACCCCUCGUCUUAUCCACCCAAAAUGAAAAUGGCUUGGUGGUUAACUGUGAUGCAGCCAAUAGAAUUUUGUCGCUGAACUUUGACCAAGUGUCACAAACAGAUCAAGGGUGGUAUUGGUGUGGAGUCAGACGUGGAGGUCACUAUGCAGAAACAACUGCAAUGCAUCUGGAAGUGCAAGAAGUGUUUCAAAACCCUAAAGAAGAUUCCAGUCCCGACAAAGAACCCAGUGAUGUUAUAAUUCCUAAAGUCAACCCUAGAAGCAGGGGCCUUCCCUUAAAUGAAGCUAAGGAGGCAACUGGAGUUGGAAGCCCAGUAGACAGCCCUGAAGAUAGCAAAAAUUCCUCAGUUCUUGUCUCCAUUUUAGUCCCCCUUGGAGUUGUGUUUCUGCUUCUUGUCGCAAUUGGUAUUAUUGUGAAGCGCAAGGUUUUCAAGCAUUCAGAUUUGGUCUCAGUUGGAAGCUACAGGACAAACAUCAGCUUGGCAGAAUUUGAGAAUGUGAGACAGUACGGAGCAAAGGACAAUGUAUGCAUGGAAGAUGCUAAUGAGACCCAAUUAGGGACGAUGGAUGAGAAUAUAACCAGUGGCAGUCCUAAGGAGACUGGUAAACCAAAGAAGACAAAGAGGGGCUCCACGGAGGAAAUUGAGAUGGCUUAUACCACAGUCUUGCUGAAUGAAGGCAACAAGACCCAUGCAAGAAGCGACCAGGAACAAUAGAGCUUUGCAGAUGGCUGAAGAGUUUCACUGCAAAUGCUUUGGAAGAUUGGUGGAAGCCAGUUAUGCAAUAAUGACUAAAGACAGCCUGUGAUUAGAAUAAGUGAAUAGCGAGCAAUGCUGAGAUGCUAACAUUUCCCCAAAUUGUCUCAGUUUUGCCACAUACUAUACAAUAUUUCUUGAUCAACAUAUACUCCUUUAAGGGUCAAUAGUUUCAUUUCAAAGUUAUAUAAAUCAAAGUAAUAAAGUUUUGUGAUUUAGGAGAAAUGUACUGAUGGUAAGAGCAGUUAAACAAUGGAAGCAACUACCUAGAGGGGUGGUGGGACUCUCCCUUACUGGAAGUCCUCAAGCACAGGCUGGACAGUCAACUGUUGGAGGUGCUGUAGCUCUGGAUUUCCUGGAUGAAGCCUGGUGUUGAAUUCGAUCCCCUACAAAUCUGUACCUGAUUGAUUGAUUGAUUGAUUGAUUUAUCUUCUUUCUCUCAUCACACCCACACAAAACAUUUAAAGCACUAUUAUACCACUUUAAAAGUCAUGGAAACUGUAUUUUGUUAUGGGUGCUGACCUUGCAGAGCGGCAUUUCCCAGGACCCUCAACAAACUGCAUUUCCCAUGAGUCUUUACGACUGUUAAAAUAGUACAAUGGUGCUUUAAAUGUGUGCUGUGGAAGCCCCCCACCCUCUUUCCACUCCACCGCAUUUUAGAGAUUUUCAUUUCAUGCAAUUUUAUUGAGAAAAUGUAAAACAAAACAAAAUGAAGCAAUAAUCAGAAAAGAAAUGAAACUAGGAUCACAUAAUCAUGCAAUCAUGAAUAGAAGGAAAGGGAUGGGGAGGAUGGGGGUGGAACUAUGAUUCUGUACCUGAUUAUAUGUGUGAAACGCUGAAACAUUUUAAAUUAAGAGGUAUUGAUUUGGAAACUUUAUACAAAUGCUGUGUCCAUCUGUAUACAAAAACAACAGCUGGAUUUUGCUGUUGAUGGACUCUGGAUAAUGAGAAAAAUAAUCAUUUAAAAAUUAAUUCAGUAAAUGCAAAACAUAAAAAAGAUUAUUUUUGUUUGUUUGUGAGCCUGACGCUGUAGUCUAUAAUCAUCUGGAAUCAGUGACUUUAUAGUUAUUUGUAUGCAAUGUUUUUGAGCAGUGUAUUCUGACAUAAAAAUAUCCUGAAUGUGAA